ACAACAGGCAAAGCAAGAGUAUGGGAGGCUGUAUGCACAGCACCUGGGACCACGCACUCCACUCAAGAGGAGAGCCCAGGCCUUCUGAAGCCCCAGCAUCCAUUUCAGCACCUAGCAAAAUGCCUAAAAGUGUUUCAAUAUCUAAGCAACUGGCUUCAAUAAAAGCUUUGAAGAAGGGGUCAGAUCUGGAAAAAGCCAUUGCUACUAUUGCUCUGGUUUUCAGAAAUGCUUCUGACCCUGAUGGUAAACUUGGGAAAGCCACUGCCAAGAAACUGCUACAAACCCAAUUUAAAAAAUUCACAGAGAGAGAAGAAACCAAGCCAAAAUACCAAGACAUCCUUUCUGAGCUUGAUGAGCACACAGAAAAUAAGCUGGACUUUGAGGACUUCGUGAUCUUGCUCCUGAGCCUUGCCAUCAUGUCAGAUCUGCUACGAAAUAUGUGGAAUGAAAAUACUAUGAAAUAAACAAAUUUAAACAUGUGAUGGACAAAUGAUGUGCCACAGCAUUAAAUGUGUCUCUAUCUGGUUUGUAAUAAGUGUGGGACUGCAACUCUCUUCAGAAAUGUUUGAAUGAUAUGGUUUGUGACACGAUAAACUGGAUACCACUUCUGAUGAGUAAUGAGCAACUUAAAGGCAUCUCCUACUGAGUGUGGAAUCACAUUUAUUCAUUGAUCAUGAAAUCAAAUUUGUGAGCAUCUUCCCAGUAACGUUAUUUUAAAACUGCAGUGACGAAUGGCCAGGUGACUCCUUCCCUUUCUCAUGUUUACACAAUUCCAGAAGAAAAAUACGGCAUACAACAAUAAUUUCUGUGUCCAUGUUUAUGCAACAUUGUGCAUGUAUUUGUGUGAUGGUAACUACACAUGUACAUAUGGCAACCAGAGGUCAAUCUCCAGUGUUCUUUUUUCAUGUGAUCUCUACCUUAAUUUUUUAGUUCUCAUUGCCCUGAGGCUCACUGAGAGGCUAAGCUGGCGGAUCAGUGAUCCCCAGAUUCACCUAUCUCUACCUCCCCAGUGCUGGGACUUUCCCCAUGCCCAGCUUUGGUAAGUGAGUUCUAGGGAUCGAACUCAGAUGCUCAUGCUUGCAUUAGUGAGUAAUUUAAAAUAUGACCCAUCUCCCUAGCUCUGAACAACUAUUUAAUAAGUUUAAAACACACUGCAAUUAUAAAUAAAAUGAGGGUUACAGAAUGAUAAGCAUAGUUUAUUACAAGAACAUUUGUUCAAAUAUCAGACCCUUACUAACCU